AUGUCGGAAUUCUGCCGUUUGCCUGGAUUGGCGUCGGGAACGAUGGUUGGACUGAUGGAUCUCCGGCAGAUUAUGCUUGGUUCACUCUAUCGAAAUCAUGGUUUACCCAGUUUGUUGCAAAACUAUACUCGUCGAUGGGCUUGCGGAUGUGGAUCGGUUAACGAGUGUCCUCCAUUUGUCUGUAAAAUGCCAUCAAAGAAUUACUGGACAUUGAUA